UUUUCACGUGAUAUUUGAUUUGAGUUCCCGAGGAUAAUCGAUUGUACCCGAAUUGCCAGAAAUGCGUUCAGUAGAAACGUACACAAGCUGCUUUUGAUAUUCAAAACAUUGGAAUUCUUGGAACCCUAUUUUAUUGAUCUAAAGUAACGGCUUCAUACAAUCGGUGUCAAAGUCCAACUUUAUGAUAUUCUACAUCUUAAUAAGUCAUGCAUUCAAUUAGAGCAUUGAGGCCCCUUGCCUCGCGAUUCACAGCUUCAACUCUCCCCGCACUUUCACGAGCCUACUCAGCCAAAUCCUACGAGUUCAUACAAACUUCAGAACCAAGACCCGGCGUAGGACAAAUAACAUUAAACCGACCCAAAGCACUUAAUGCCUUAUCUACACCACUCAUAAACGAACUCAACGAUGCACUUAAAGCAUUCGAUAAAUCUCCCUCCAUAUCUGCUAUUGUUCUUACUGGAUCUGAAAGAGCCUUUGCAGCCGGUGCGGAUAUCAAAGAAAUGGCACCGCUUACCUUCUCUGAAGCCUACACCAACUCUUUCAUAGAAUCUUGGUCAGACCUCACAACCGCCAUCAAGAAGCCUAUUAUUGCAGCCGUAUCAGGGCAUGCGCUAGGAGGAGGCUGUGAAUUGGCUCUAAUGUGCGAUGUAUUGUACUGCACAGAGAAGGCAAAUUUUGGGCAACCAGAAAUUAAACUUGGGACGAUCCCUGGAGCUGGUGGAAGUCAAAGACUUACAAGGGCGAUUGGAAAAGCUAGAGCUAUGGAACUUAUAUUGACCGGCAAGAACUUUAGUGGCAAAGAAGCCGGAGAAUGGGGAGUUGCGGCAAGGACAUAUGGAAGCUGGGAGGAGCUCAUUGAAGCUGCGCUAGGUACUGCCGAGACGAUUGCAGGGUACAGUAAGGUAGCAGUGCAGGCUGCGAAGGAAGUUGUCAACAAGAGUCAGGACUUACCCCUCAGAGAUGGUGUAGAGUAUGAGAGAAGAGUUUUCCACAGCUUAUUUGGAAGUGAAGAUCAAAAGAUCGGAAUGAAGGCUUUUGCGGAGAAAAAGAAGGCCGAGUGGACUCACAAGUAACUAUUAGCAUUCUCUUUGUGCGAUAGAUACCAAUUUUGCUGAAAGCUCUAAUUACUGAAAACACAACGGGAUUUUCCCUUCGGUGUUACUGGCUGGAUGACUUUAUUCUCUUAUUUCUGACUGCUUUAAUGGGUCGUUUACCGCUUCUAUCGCGAAUCGUAUAAUACAUUCUGGCCAUCCAAGCACAUACAGCUCACGAACCUUAUCGUCCCCUAUGCGACUUAACACGCACUAAUAGUGUUCUUGCUCUAUUUCUCCUCGGUCCUGACGCUUUCUCACGACAUGUCCAUCCGAAUAACCAGGCGAUAAAAUGCCCCGAAAAGUUCCAAUCCCCAUUCGUCUAAUUCGCAUCUCUUUCUAGUUUCUAGUUGGGCAUGAAGUAUGUUUGCUGUGUCCAAUUCAAAGCCGAAUACAUAAUGGAACAUAACAAAAUUGAAAAUCAAGAGUAUCACGUAAAUUGCCAUGGGAAAGUAG